AUGGAUAAUUAUGAAUAUAUGAAUAUAUCGGCUAUUAGUGAUGCUUUGAUAUGUGAAAUUUGUAGAAAUCCAUUUAUUAAUCCAGUUAUUUUACCUUAUCCAUGUGAACGAACAUAUUGUUUAAAAUGUAUUCAAUCUAAUCUUGAAAAACAUUCGAAUAAUUGUAUGCAAUGUAAUAAAAAAUCUUUAUCAAAUACAGAAUUGAAAAAUGAAAGUCCAAUUUUAAGAAAAAUGCUUGAUAAUCUUCUUGUGAGAUGUCGUUCUUGUGCUCAAAUAAAUAUUCAACGAUCAAAUUUUUCAAAACAUAUUCAACAAAUGUGUCCAAAACGAAUCGUUUCUUGUUCAGCUAAUGAUAUUCAAUGUUCAUGGAAAGGACAUUUUGAUCAAUUAAAUCAACAUUUUAAUGUUUGUCCAUAUGAAAAACUUCGAACUCCUCUUACUAAACUUAUCAAUGAUGUUCAACGUCUUGAUCAAUUAGAUCAACUUCAAACGAAUUUUCAAAAUCUGAAAAUUAAAUUUCAACAACAACAGAAUCAAAUUGAACAAAUUGAAAAUGAAAAUAAAAUUUUAAAUGAACAAAUAAAUGAAAUGAAAAAAUUUGAAAUUGAACAUAAAAAUUUAAAUGAAAAAAAUAAUGAACAAAUAAAUGAAAUAAAUCAAUUAAAAAAUAAAAAACAAACAAUUCAAGAUCAAUGUGAUCAAUAUAAAACUACUAUAAAUGAUUUAAUAAUUGAAUUGAAAACUCUUAGUAUCUCUUUACAACAAGCAAAUAUUUCAAUUGAAAAAUUUGAAAAAGAAAAUAAACUUCUUCAAGAAGAUUCAAAUCAAUUGAAUUUUAGCCAAAUAAAUUAUAAAACUCUAGAUGAACUUUAUCAACAACAACAAAUACAAAUUGAUUCUUUUAAUAAAGAAAAUCAAUAUUUACAAGAAGAAUUAUUAUAUUAUAAACAAGAACUUGAACAAUUAAAUCAACAUUUCAAACAGAUUCAAACAGAGAAUCAACAAUUUCAUCAAAGAUAUGUUCUAUAUAAUAGAGAAAAUAAUACUUUAAAUGAACAAAAUCAACAAUUAAACCAACAAUUAAUAAUUUAUAAAAAAAAUCUUCAACAAUUAAAUCAAGAUUUCAAACAGAUGCAAAUAGAUAAUCAACAACUUAAAGAACAAUCUGUUCGAUAUAAAAUAGAAAUCGAUGAACUUACUAUUAAGAAUAAACGAUUAGAGGCGAAAUUAUAUAAACCAAUUAUUCAAUCACAUAGUAAGUCUACAAUUACAUAG